AUGGAACCUCAGCAGCCUUGCAGAUUUGGAAGGUUUAAAUACAAGUUUGGAAAAACUUUUUGCCAUUCCAGAUGAUCUACUGGAUUAAACACUUCAUUAGGAUGGCUUUACAACAAGUCGGACUGAAUAUGGACUCGCAAAAUCAGCUGAUCAAAACAGUGUCCAGAAACCACUUUUUUGUUGUCACUGCUGUGAAGGCACUCUAAGCAAAAACACUGAAUUCAACAAAGGAACAUAAAACCAAGUUAUCUCAGCCGAGAAGGAAGAAACCUGAUUAGCCUGCACUAGAUAAACAGGUGCUUUGGUCAGGCAAGCCUUAUGGUUCAUCUCGAAGUAUUGUAAGGAAAAUUGGUACUAACCUCUCUCUCAUCCAGUGUCCACGAGUGCAUUUUCAGCUCUUUGUGCACUUCUAAUGUGAACAGACUGCAAAUAGUAGGAGUGAUGGUAAUGAUACGAGGAGGAGGAAACAACCACCUCUUGUUUGGUGCAACAGCAAGUCUUUCUGGAACAGAUGGGAAAGCAUGGAAACUGCUACAAGGACUUUCUUAAACUCUCUAUAGUAUGAAAGGACCAUGCACUGAACCUCUCACUUCUCAUGCUGCAGAAGAAAACCACCGUAGCCAGCUCAGAGAAGAUUCAGUGGCCACUUUUGCAGAUGUGAGAUGGGUUGUUCAAGAAGAAGGUGAAGUCUCUACAAGACUCAGGUCAGACAUCUGGUCAAAAUCUGCUCCACCUCCUCCAGGUGAACCACCUUCUACUGAAAGUCCCCCAGCUAGACAAGUAUCCUUACCAGACCUGUUUCAAGAAGAGCAAGUGCCCAAGAGUAAAGUGACCACAAAUGAUGAAGCGCUGCAGAAGAUCAGUGCUCUAGAAAAUGAACUUGCCAGUUUAAGGGCACAAAUAGCCAAAAUUGUAACUUUGCAAGAACAGCAGAAUCUGUCAGCAGCCGGAUUAAGUCCUAUUGCCUCACCUUCUGGUCCAGUGCUGCCGCCGCCACCACCACCACCUCUUCCUCCUCCCACCCUGCAGCAGAGUAUGUCUGCUAUUGAUCUCAUUAAAGAGCGGAAGGGCAAGAAAAUAAACUCUUCACAGACUUUGACAGAUAAUGGUCCAAAGAAGCCUGAAAUGCCAAACAUGCUAGAAAUCCUCAAAGAUAUGAACAGUGUAAAGCUGCGUGCAGUGAAAAGGCCAACAGAAAGUACAAAGUGUAAAGCUGCUGACCCUACCGAUCCUGCAGCAUUAAUAGCAGAAGCACUCAAAAAGAAAUUUGCUUAUCGAUACAGAAGCGAUAGCCAAAGUGAAAAUGAAAAACAGAUUCCAAAGUCUGAAACAGCGCUGUUUGGACCACACAUGCUGAAGUCUACAGGAAAAAUGAAGACACUAAUUGAAAAAUCUUAGCAUAUCGUCAGUACAGGAGAGACUAUGUAUUUAACUGUUUUUAUUAGAAUCAGUGCUAUGCUACAAGUGUCUGUAUUAAGUGGUCUCCUACAAAACGAAGAAAUAUCAAUGUAAAAUAAGUUUAGUGCCUUUCAGUUUUACAGGUCGGAGGGCUGGAGGUACUUGAAGGUGUGUGGCUUUUAACAAGGGUGUGGAAAGUGAAAAACCCAUACUCAGGUAUUAAUCCUGUAUUUAAAGUCUUUCAGUUCAUCAUUGUAAACACAUGGUGAUUAUAGUUUAUUAACACUAA